ACAGAAUGUUUUUUGAUAUGUGAAAGCCGGAGAGCAACCAACAAUUCAAUUAAUUUUAUUAGAACUAGAUUAAUUAAUACUUAAAAAAUAAUUAUUUAAUAAUUAAAAUAUAAGUGAUUAAAAAUUAAAUUUUUUAAUAAUAAAUAAAAUAUAAGAGAAAAAGAAAACGUGUUUUUUUUUAUAAAUUAUUUAAAAUUAAGAAAAACAACAAAAAGAAAAAUUAAAUAAAAGUGUGUGAAAAGAGAAAUUAGAAAAAAAUCUAAAAAUUUAUAAAAAUGAGUUUAGGUGCACUAUGUGUUAUUGUUAUACCAACUGAAGCCGAAGAAUUAAAAUUACAACAACAACAAAAAGGUAAUGAAAAAAAUAAUUUCAUACCAACAACAGCAACAUAUCUAUCAACAUCAUCAUCUGCUGGAACAUUAACAACAUCUAGCAAUCCAAUUUCAUUAAAUAAAGAUAAAGAUAAUUUAAAUACAAAAUAUAAUAAUGAUAAUUUAUUAAUAAAUAAAAAUAAAAUUGGAUCAAAUUAUGAAAAUCAAAAUGAAUCAUCUAAAGAGAACAGUACAUUAUCACUUGAUAAAAAUUCAAAAAUUACUGGCAUCGAUAAUAAUUCAUUUGAAAUUGAAAUGGAUUAUACAAUUAAUAAUUUACAAAAUAGAAUUAAUAGAAGUGCAGAUGAUUUAAAAAAUAUACAAAAAGAAGUUACAAUUAAGGAUAGCAAUAGUGAUCAAAGUUCAAAAAAGAAACUUAAUUCUUCAUCAUUAUAUUUGGAUUUGGUGACUGAGUCGAGUAUGGUAACUGUUUUAAAAGAAAUUUUCAGAAAAUUAAGAAUUGAAAAUAUAUCAUGGAAUAAAAUUAGAGAUAAUAGAUAUUAUCAGAUAAUGUUUACAAUUGAUUGUGAUCAUAAAUAUGAAAAUUUACAAUUAAUGCUUAAUGAUUGGGGUAUAGGAUAUCGAAAAGGAUCAGAAGUAACAUUUGCAAAUUGUACAUUUAAUUCAUAUAGGCAUGAUGAUGAGGAUCGAAAAUAUUCAACAACAUCGGAGGAUUAUACGGCAACAAAAAGUGGAGUUUGGAAUCGUUUUAUGAAUAAUUUAGCAGCACGUUUAAAUAUAGCACAAGUUGUAAGAGAUGUAAGACAGGAUGCUACAAUAACAUUUGAUUUCACUAUAUUAGUUAUAUCAGCUGCUGUAUUGGCAUCAUUUGGUUUAGUUGAAAAUAGUACAAUAUUUUUAACAUCAAGUAUGUUAAUAUCACCAUUAAUGGGACCAAUUAUAGCUGGAAUAUUUGGUACUGUUAUUAAAGAUGGUCCAUUAACAUUAUUGGGUGUUAAAAAUGAAUUAAUUGGUUUAUUAAUGGCAACAUUAGUUGGAUUUGUUUUUGGUUUAAUUGUAUGUUUAGCUGAAACUGAAUAUAAUAUAUUAGAUGAUGGUUUAACAAUUGAAAUGAUAUCAAGAACAAGUUUACAUUCAAUAUGUGUUGGUAUAAUAACAGCAACAGUUUCAGGAGCAGCAGCUGCUGUUGGUAUCCUUGGUGGAAAUGUUGGAUCAUUAGUUGGUGUUGCAAUAUCAGCCAGUUUAUUACCACCAGCUGUAAAUGCGGGAUUACUUUGGGCCUUAAGUUGUAUCUACAUUUCACAUGUACCGGAUGAAAGCUCCAAAAUACAUACACAAAUGGGAGUUUAUUCUGAUAAUAUUGCAACAGAAUUAGGAAUAUUAGGUUUUAUGAGUUUAUUACUGACUGUAUCAAAUAUUAUAUGCGUGUAUGUAAUUGGAGUUGUUAUAUUAAAAAUAAAAGAAAUUGCUCCAAUAUCAAUUGAUAAACAAUUUUGGCGUCAUGAUAUUAGAAUUGCUCGUGAUUAUAAUAAACAUCCAUUUAAUGAUGAUUCAUCAUUACCUGAUGAAUAUUCUCAAUUACCAAAAGAGGAACAAAAUGUUAUAAAACGUUUAAAUUCAUUAAAAUUGGAUGAUUUAGCACAUCCAAAUACAUGGUCACCAGUUAAUUUACAAAAUUUACCAUUUAAUAAAAAUUUACAAGAUUUAGAAAGAUAUUAUUCAACAACAGUACAUUCAUCUAGAUAUAGUGGAGGCGGAAGAGCAAAUAGUCUAUGUGCUGAAAAAAUUCGUCAUCAAUUAGAUGAUUUUUCAAAUUAUGUAAGACGUUCAUCAAUGCCAUUUGAAGUUUUAACAAGAUCACCGAAAACAAAACGAUCUAUUAAGAGAUUACCAACAAUAGAAGCAUCACCAUAUGAAACAUCGGCACCAAGUACAUUAGAAAAAUCAAAUAAUUCAAAAUUUACGAUAACACCAGUACUUGAUUACCGGAAAAUUGAUCAUAAUUAAAUUGAGUAUUAAGAAACUUAAUUAA